UAUUUACGAAAAACGACACCUAAGUACCUUACCCCCUCACAUCACUGUUAGAAACCUCGAAUACACCGUUCCUUUUUAUUAUUUUAUCCGAAGUUGUAAAUAUGAUGUCCUCAGUUCAAAAAGAGUCUGUCCCGUCUGUGCAAGUGUUUGGGCGCAAGAAAACAGCUACAGCUGUUGCAUAUUGUAAACGUGGCAAAGGCCUCAUUAAAGUAAAUGGAAGACCCUUAGAAACUUUGGAACCACAGAUUCUUAGAUACAAGCUUCAAGAACCAGUCCUGCUACUAGGCAAGGAAAGGUUUGCAGGAGUCGACAUAAGAGUCCGUGUCAAAGGAGGAGGUCAUGUGGCCCAGAUAUAUGCAACAAGACAAGCCAUCUCCAAAGCUCUGGUUGCAUACUAUCAGAAGUAUGUUGAUGAAUCUUCUAAGAAAGAAAUCAAGGAUAUUCUGAUUCAGUAUGACAGAACUUUAUUAGUUGCUGACCCACGUCGUUGUGAGCCAAAGAAGUUUGGUGGACCAGGUGCCAGAGCUCGUUACCAGAAGUCCUACCGAUAAAAUAUUGUAACAUCAGUCAGGUCUUAAUAAAAAAAAUACAUACAUAUA